GGAAUGCUGCAGCGUUGGCGCCAUGUCCUCAUCGAGACUCCCUGGGUUGCUUAGCCGCGCCUUGGCCACGGCACGGACAACAAGAUUUCAUUCUUUGAGGAAAACAAGUUCUUCUCCGGGAGAAAAGUCGGAGCUCAUCAAACAAUCACUUAAGAAGCCAAAGUUACCAGAAGGUCGUUUUGAUGCACCUGAGGAUUCCCACUUGGAGAAGGAACCCCUGGAAAGUGAGUCGAGUAAAGCUCCUCCCUCAGAAUUUCCAGAUGAUAUUAAUCCAGUUACCAAAGAAAAAGGUGGACCCAGGGGCCCAGAACCUACACGCUAUGGAGAUUGGGAACGGAAGGGCCGUUGUAUUGAUUUUUAAGUCAUGUAUUCUUUAAUUGAAGGAUUAUUUUUUGAAUAUAUCCUUUUAAGUCAUGUAAUUUCCAUAAUGUGUUUAAAAAUAUAUCUGAUGGCUUUGGA